AUCAUGGGUUCGUCGAUGUUUCGUAAGGGGGAACUACGUGAGAGAGGUGUCCAUAUUACUCUCAUGAUCCAGGCCGAUAUAGUUGCGUUUCAUGCUCCCCCCGAAACUCCUCAACUGGGUUUCUUGCAACCGUUGGUUGACACAGCUUGUCGCCAACAUUUCAAUCCUGAACUCACAGUUGGGUCCGCUACCGUCUGCUGUAGCGAUCAUCUAGCGCGGUACCGUGGAAAGCCCUUCCGUGAACAAGGAUUCCCCGCAGCUCAAGUCUCCGAACGUACAGGACCAAUGACACGCAUAACCAUUCCGGCGAUAUGGGUAGACGCGUCAUGGCAGGGGACCUCGGCGACAGACUGGCAUACGACUUGAAUCAGGUCCGCUCGAUCUGUAAGGUCCAGUUCCGAUCUCCCUGAAGGUGUGAAUAUACAGGAUCUAGAGG